AUGGCGUCGACUGAGGAUCCCUACCUCAUCCUUCCGGGCUCGUCGGCCCAUUCCGACUUUCGCCUGCAGCGUCUGGCGCAAGCAAUUGGCGCAAAGGAAGUUCGCUCGCUAUGGGUCCAUUUUGUCAACCCACUGAAGGAGCUGAGCGAUGAGGAAUUGAAGACGCUGCAGCAGAUUUUGCACUAUGGCGAAUAUCCCAGCAGCACCGACCGCCUCUCCCAGACGCUCAUUGACGCUAUCAACCGUGGCGGCGAACCUCGCGACGAUAAUACGGUUCUCUUCUACGUGUGUCCCCGUGCUGGCACCAUAUCGCCAUGGAGCUCCCUCGCCUCUAUGAUUGCGCGCACCUGCACGCUCGAAAAUGCUGUCAAGCGCAUCGAGCGCGGUAUGGUCAUCGCAGCCACCUUUGACAACGUGCCCGGAGCCGACGAGAUCCCUAAUCGCGACCACCUCUACGACCGCAUGACGCAGACCAUCAGUCGCCAGGCCCCGAACCUGGAAGCUAUUUUCGGCGAGAGCGAGCCUGCUCAGGCGACUACCAUCAGCUUCGACGAGUAUAGCAGCGCCCAUGCUGCGUUGGAACACGCAAAUCGGGAGUUGGGGCUGGCCAUGGACAAGUCGGAGAUUGAAUAUCUAGUUGAGGCAUACACGCAGGAGUUGAAAAGAGGACCGGUGGACGUGGAGCUCUUCAUGUUUGCUCAGGUCAACUCGGAGCACUGCAGGCACAAGCAGUUUAACGCCGACUUCACUGUCGACGGUAUGCAUAAGCCUAUGUCGCUGUUCGGUAUGAUCCGGAACACCCAUAAGCAACACCCCCAGCACGUUAUCAGCGCAUACAGCGACAAUGCUGCCGUUCUUGCGGGUGAGGAGGCGAGCUUCUGGGCUCCUAAUGAUCUCACUGGCGAGUGGAAUGGCACCAAGGAGACGGUACACAUUCUAUGCAAGGUGGAGACACACAACCACCCGACAGCGGUAUCGCCGUUCCCUGGAGCUGCUACCGGAUCAGGAGGCGAGAUCAGAGAUGAGGGUGCUGUGGGACGUGGUUCCAAGCCAAAAGCUGGCCUGGCAGGAUUCACUGUGUCAGACCUACUCCUAGAGGGCUUUGAGAGACCUUGGGAGCUCAAGGAUGUCGGAAAGCCUGCCCAUAUCGCUAGCAGCAAGGACAUAAUGCUCGAGGCACCUAUCGGAAGUGCCCAGUUUAACAACGAAUUCGGACGCCCGUGUACAGUUGGUUACUUCCGUACCAUGCUCAUGCGCGUCUUCACAAACGAGAAGGAAUCCGAGAUCCGGGGUUACCAUAAGCCCAUCAUGCUAGCGGGUGGUGUGGGAACAGUCAGGCCACAACACGCUCUCAAGGACCCCGAUAUCGUACCAGCCGGCUCACAUCUCCUCGUUAUUGGUGGGCCUGCCAUGCUGAUUGGCCUCGGUGGCGGUGCAGCUUCCAGUAUCCAGUCUGGAGAAGGCAAGGUUGAUCUUGACUUUGCUAGUGUGCAGAGAGGCAACCCCGAAGUUCAAAGGCGAGCGCAAGAGGUCAUUGACACAUGUCGUUCCAUGGGCGACUCGAACCCUAUCCUCUUCAUUCACGAUGUAGGCGCAGGUGGUCUGUCCAACGCCCUCCCUGAACUUGUUCACGACUCCGGUCUGGGUGCCAUCUUCGAACUACGCGAGAUAGACAACGUAGAUAAGGGUAUGAGCCCGCUGCAGAUUUGGUGCUGUGAGGCUCAAGAGCGAUACGUUCUAGCAGUCGCUCCUGAUCAGCUGGACUUGUUCAAGCGCAUAUGCCAUCGAGAACGAUGCGGCUACUCCGUGGUUGGCAAGGCUACCAAAGAACAGCGCCUGGUGUUGACCGACAGAGAUUCCAAGGAGAACCCCACACCCAUCGAUCUUCCUAUGGAAACACUCUUUGGAAAGCCACCAAAGAUGUCUCGCAUUGUUGAAACCCGAAAGUUGAGACUCCCUGCUUUCGACAGCACCUUGUCCAUGUACAUUCCUGAUACACCCAAGGACGGCCUUGUCGCCGAAGCCGUUGACCGGGUUCUCACUCUACCCUCUGUAGGAUCUAAGUCUUUCUUGAUCACUAUUGGAGAUCGAACAGUCGGCGGUCUUACUGCUCGUGAUCAAAUGGUCGGCAAGUGGCAGACUCCGGUAGCUGAUGUAUCGGUAACAGCUACAUCAUUACUGGCAGGCGUCAAAACCGGUGAAGCCAUGUCGAUGGGCGAGAAGCCUACUCUGGCUCUCAUCUCACCAGCAGCAUCGGCUAGGAUGGCUGUAGCAGAAUCACUCAUGAACAUUGCUGCAGCCAGUCUCUUUGACAGGCUGUCCAGGGUCAGGCUUUCGGCAAACUGGAUGUCUGCAAGCAGUCACCCUGGAGAGGGCGCAGCUUUGUAUGAGGCUGUUGAGGCCAUUGGUAUGGAUCUCUGCCCUAAGCUUGGUAUUUCCAUCCCUGUCGGUAAGGACUCCAUGAGUAUGAAGAUGAAGUGGUCAGACGACGGUGAGGCCAAGGAAGUCACUGCCCCCAUGUCGCUCGUCAUUACAGCAUUCGCACCAGUUGACCGUAUCGACCGCACAUGGACGCCUGCUCUGGAACGACUAGAGAGUGUUGGUGAAACAGUCAUCAUGUACGUCGAUCUAGCAGCCGGUAAGAAGCACCUCGGUGGUUCUGCUUUGGCACAGACUUUCGGCCAGGUCGGCGAUGAAGCGCCCGACGUCUACGAUGCCGAUAUCAUCAAGGACUACUUUGAUGCCAUUGAGCAACUUCACGAAUCUGGCGUUGUGCUUGCCUACCACGACAGGUCAGACGGUGGUCUCUUCACUACACUUGUUGAGAUGGCUUUCGCCGGUCGCUGUGGUCUUGAGGUCAUGCUCGACAAGGUUGCUGCAUCAAGCGAACCAAAGGACGUGCUAGAGGCCCUUUUUAAUGAGGAACUUGGUGCCGUUUUCCAAAUCAGAAAGAAGGACGAAACUGCAUUCAACCGUUGCUUUGCUACCUGCGGACCACCACCAGGUAUGAUCAGGAAGAUAGGCCGAGUACCCGAAGCUUCGAAACAAGACAUCUCUUUCUACGUUGGUACACAAAAUGUCUACCGCAAUAGCCGAUCCAAGCUCCAGCAACGGUGGGCAGAGACCUCAUAUCGCAUGCAGAAGCUCCGCGACAACCCCGUCUGUGCCGACGCCGAGUUCGAGAAGAUCCUCGACAACAAGGACCCAGGUCUCUCAUACAACCUCACUUUCAAGCCUACUGAGAACAUAAUACCCCUUAUGUCUAACCUCAGGUCACCUUUUACCGCCAAGCCUCGCGUUGCUGUCCUGAGAGAAGAGGGUGUGAACGGUCAGGCUGAGAUGGCAUUCGCUUUCCACCAGGCCGGCUUUUCUGCCAUCGACGUACACAUGACUGAUAUUGUCUCGUCGCGAGUAUCGCUCGCCGGAUUCGUCGGUCUCGCAGCAUGCGGUGGUUUCUCCUACGGCGAUGUCCUCGGCGCAGGUCAAGGUUGGGCCAAGUCCGUACUCUUGCACCCCAACACACGCAAAGAAUUCCAAUCCUUCUUUGCACGCCCAGACACCUUUGCUCUUGGUGUCUGCAACGGCUGUCAAUUCAUGAGCAAGCUGAAAGAGCUUAUCCCGGGCGCAGAACUCUGGCCAAGCUUUGAGCGAAACGCCAGUGAACAAUACGAAGCACGUGUCUGCAUGGUCGAAGUCAUCGACCCCAAGGGCCCUAACACGUCUCCCUCCGUCUUCCUUCACGGAAUGAAUGGAUCCAAACUACCCAUCGUCACCGCACACGGCGAGGGACGCGCACACUUCUCUAGCUCUGCCACUUCGCCUUCUACCCCGCAAGCACUGUACCAAGAAAACCUCGUCUCUCUUCGCUACGUGGACAACUAUGGUCAGCAGACUGAGGCUUAUCCAUACAACCCCAACGGCAGUCCUCUUGGUAUUACUGGUGUGAGGAGCACGGAUGGUAGGGUGUUGGCGCUUAUGCCGCAUCCCGAGCGUACUAUCUUGAAGGAAGUGGGAAGUUAUAUCCCGAGAGAUACGGAGGGCUGGGGUGAAUUGGGGCCUUGGUCACGCAUGUUUAAGAGUGCUAGGCGGUGGGUUGGGUAGGUGGAUGAUGUGUGUGUGUGUGUGUGUGGAAAAGCAUGCAUGGGAUGAUCGGCGUUUAUGGACGGAUGUUUGUUGUUUUGUUAGGAGCUCAGUGCAUGUAUUGAUCAACGAUGUAUGGGAAUUAGAAAUUCGAUGAAGAUUUUCGAUGCCAA